AUGGCAAUGUGGAUUAGCAGGUUUCUGAGAAGCAUAACUUCCAGAUGGUCGGUUACAUUGAAAAGCAAUGGAAAAUCUACAAUGAAGAGAAAAGUACAGCGGGGAAUCCUAUACCCAAUCGAUAGUGCUCAAGAAGACACUCGAAAGCAUCUCAUCCGAUCAGCUUCAUGGAUUGCACAACGAAGCAGAGGAGGUCAGCAUAGCAGAACUGAGUGCGGGGCGGGUGCAGCAUGA